ACAUCAAUCUUAAAUCAAGUGGCCAAUUUGAUACUUAGCUUUGGUAUUGAACGAAACCAAGGUGUUGAACAAUAGGAAAUUUUUCCCUUUAUUUGCGCUUUAUUUUACUGCUAUCUCUCACACAGAUGCAAUGUUCUUAUGUUUAGGAUUGUUGAGCAGUCUCAUGUUGUCUGCAUUUCCUAUUGACCUGUGUGGAAACUUUGAAUUCAUAUUAUCAAGAGAGAGGAAGGGAGAAUAGGUGUUUAAAGCACAUGAUAUUGAGUUGUUAGAAAAUGAGAAGAACAUGCAUUGCUUUAUUUGUGUAACAGGAAAGAGUUUGAUAGAUGAACUAAGCUGCGUGGUUUUGACUCACCACCUAAAAGCACUUCUCAACUUUGAAAACAAGAGUUAAUUUAAGCAUCUUACUUCACAAAUUCAGUGAAGAUAAAGGGUUUGUCUUUCUUUGGAGUUAUGACCAUCUCAAUGUCUUCCUUUUUCGCAUUUGCUUUCUUCAUUUUUAUCAUCAAAAUUUUAGAGCCUCUACAGGUCAAAGCCAAAGUUUUCAUGAUUUUAAUGGAUGAAGAACCUGUUUCCUCUUUCAAAUCCAAGCAUAAUAUUACCAGGAUAGAGGAGGCUAUGGAUUAUAAACAGAGUUUAAUCAUUGGCCAUGACUUAUUUUUGGAAUCUCUUCUCCAAAAAGGCACCUAUACUAAACUCUAUAGCUACACUCAUGUGCUAAAUGGUAUUGCAGUACAUGUUGAGUCGGAGAAGGUUUCUAGCAUUCUGAAGAAUGCAUCAGGUAUCAGACUCAUCCAUGAAGAUAUCAAAAUGGAGAAGCUGACAACACAUACACCUGACUUUCUUGGCAUACCUGCUCAUGUUUGGCCGAAUUUGGGAGGACCGAAGAGAUCUGGUGAGGGAGUGGUGAUCGGUAUGAUUGACACUGGAAUCAAUCCUCACCAUCCUAGUUUUGCAAAUACGUCAUUGGGUCCUUUAAAUAGUACCAAAUUCAGAGGGAAAUGUGCCACUGGAGAGAUGUUCCCCCGAACCGCAUGCAAUGGAAAGAUAGUAGGGGCACAGUAUUUUGCACGGGCAGCAAUUGCUGCCGGUGAUUUUAUUCCUAACCGUGAUUUUGCAUCCCCUUUUGAUGCUGAUGGUCAUGGAAGCCACACAGCAUCAACCGCUGCCGGGAACCACCAUAUACCAGUGAUUGCUAGUAACUUCAACUAUGGAUACGCAAGUGGCAUGGCCCCUGGAGCAAGGAUUGCUGUGUACAAAGCUCUUUAUACAUUUGGGGGUUAUAUGUCGGAUGUUGUGGCUGCUGUCGAAAAGGCAGUGGAAGAUGGAGUUGAUAUACUAAGCCUUUCCAUAGGGCCAUCUAGUGUCCCUCCUGGUCCUUCUGCAUUCCUCAAUGUGCUAGACAUGGAACUAUUGUUUGCUACAAAAGCUGGUAUUUUUGUCGUUCAAGCUGCCGGUAAUGGUGGCCCUUCUUCCAGUUCAGUCCUCUCUUUUAGCCCCUGGAUCACAAGUGUUGCUGCCUCCACCACUGAUCGCAAGUAUAACAAUGCAAUUGUCUUAGGGAAUGGUCGAAGUGUCUCUGGCAUUGGCCUUGCUCCUCCAACGUCAGGAGAAUUCCUCUUCCCAAUAGCUUCUGCAGCUGAUGUGUCUCUUGCAAAUGUCACCAGUGUCGGAGAAGUUGAGAGCUGUCAAUAUCCGGAACACUUCAUCAAAUUGUUGGCUCAGGGAAAGUUGAUCAUCUGCACAUAUACCUUUGACUUUGAAUACGAGGAUGCAAGCAUUGCAACUGUCGAAGACACUAUAAAGCAGAUAGGAGCUGCAGGUUUUAUAAUCACAAUGGACCCUGACAUGGGUUCUGAGCAGUUGAAGGGUACCACAAUGACCACGCAAGUCCCUGCAAUUAUCCUGAAUACCGUGCAAGCUUCCUCGGCUUUAUGGGAGUAUUAUAACUCUAAUACAAUCAGAAGCAGGAGAGGAAGAGCUAUACUUUUUUCUGCAAGGGCAAGAAUUCUGGAUGGAAGGCAAGCGUUUUUUUCUGGACAGGCACCAAUAGUGGCAUCCUAUUCCUCUAGAGGUCCCGAUGUGAACAAUGCACUUUUGCAAACUGCUGAUGUCUUGAAACCAAACAUCAUGGCUCCGGGAUCCUCUAUUUGGGCUGCAUGGAGUCCGAAUAGCGAGGGAGAUCUUCAUAUCAAAGGGCAGAACUUUGCGCUUAUCUCUGGUACUAGCAUGGCUACUCCUCACGUUGCCGGUGUUGCAGCUUUAAUCAAGCAAAGUCAUCCCAAGUGGAGUCCUGCAGCUAUCACCUCAGCGAUGAUGACAACAGCAGAUACAACUGACCGCUUUGGCUCUCCCAUGUUAGCACAAUCGUCCAGCCAGCAAAUACCUGCUACCCCAUUUGAUUUGGGUGCUGGAUCCAUCAACCCUGCUCGAGCCAUUGACCCCGGACUUGUAUUCGAUACCAAUUUUGAGCACUAUGUCCAGUUUCUUUGUGCUGUUCCCGGAGUUGAUGAUGAGUCUGUGAGACGUGCUGUAGGGAAAGGGUGCCCCAAUAAGACGAAGGCAUGGUGUUCGGAUUUGAAUACACCAAGUGUGGUCAUUUCAAAUCUAGUUGGAUUGAGAAAGGUGAUUCGAUGCGUAACCAAUGUGAGUAAAAGGAAUGAAGUCUACCGAGUGAGUGUGAAAGAACCAGUAGGUGUAAAUAUUACUGUGAAGCCAAAAGUUUUCUGGAUAAGAGGCAAUGGCUCAAGGCAUAUUCGAAUUUUGAUAAAAGCAAGUAGGGCAAUGAGAACAUACACAUUUGGAGAGAUAGUACUGAAUGGAAGUAGAAAUCAUGUUGUUAGAGUUCCUGUCGCCGUUUUUGUUAGCACCACCUUCAAGUAGUGUAUUCUAACUUUCUGAGAUGUGUAUUUUCUUGCUCUAUUUUCUGUUGUGAAAGUAAAAGAGAUGACAACUCAUUACCUUAUCGACGUAGCGGAAGCUUGAUAAAUCUGUUACUUUGAUGAUU